AUGAGGAGAUUUAUCGACAAUGUCUUCGACAGAGCUUUUUGGGAUAUAAUUAUAGUCCCAUCAUAUCCAUAUUUGGGUCAUAUACCCAGUGGUUUCCAGCAUUCCAAUUUGUUUAACGGUCCAAUGACUUCAAUAUUACAACAUGGGUUUCAGCAUAAUUAUUUACUUAAUCAGCAGGAUCAUAACAUUUUUGAGGCUCAACCUCCUCUAUUACCACCCCAAGCAGCAUAUGAUGAUGUGCCUGAUCAGUAUCAACCUAAUAUUGACAAUAAUGAUAGAACUUUAUUCUUGACAUUCUCAAAGGGUCAUCCUGUUUCAAAAGAAGAACUCAAAAGCUAUUUAAACACGAAAUUUGGAGAUUGCAUAGAGUCAGUCUUUAUGAAGAAGCCUGUUCAUCCAAAUGACCAAUCACUGUUUGCUCAAGUUGUUGUUAAGUCUGCGUCAGACGCUACAAGAAUUCUUGAUAAACCGGACCAUGAGGGCAAAGUCAAAUUCUCAGUUAAUGGGAAAGAUUUUAAAGCCAGGCGAUAUAAGCCAUGUCAGAAUAAGCAGGGACGGAACCAGUCACGAGACUCGAACAGCUCUAGCAGCCAACCACAACAAAACAACCCGGAACGGCUAUAG